CGCUGGGAGCCGCGGUCGAUGCCGGUGCGGAGGGGGAUGGGCGCCUCUGCGAGUGUAAGGACCCGAGACCGAAGCAGAGUCCUGUAUUACAUACAGCAGCAUAUACCCCAUGAUAAAUAGCGAUAAUAAACACACAACACGGGAAAAUAAAUGGAUUUAACCACCGGGGAGCUGUCAUAGACACUUUAAUGGAUGCAGUGCACCUGGACAGAGCAGGGAAUUUAACUUUACGACUAUGCGUGGAAGACACUGAGAAGUUUGUUGCCUACCCCUGGAGAGGGAGCUACUUUUGAGGGCACAGGAUUCAGGAGACACCGGGGCUAGAACACAGGCCUAGUGGUCUGGCUGGAUUUGAUGUUGGAAUACUCUGAGGAAUUCCUACUGCAUAGGAAAUUGCCUCUUUUAUACAAUUUCGGAAUGCCUUUUUAGGUCCCUCAUGAGCCGUGGGCUGCGGCUCAACGGCACCCCACCACUGGAGUGGUCUGUUGCUGUAGUUGGGACCCUCUGAUUCCCCCUUCAUCUGUCUUCCUUCCCCCAUCCCAUCCUGCCCCCCCCUUCCCCUCUCCCCUCUUCCCCCCCUCCCACGCUGUGCUGGACGUCAUGAGCAUAGUAAUCACGCUGGGAGUCACCACACCUGAAACGUCUUACUCAGACAUGGCUGCUGGAUCAGAUCCUGAGUCAGUUGAAGCAAGCCCUGCUGUGAAUGAGAAAAACUACAACAUCCAAAGCUGUGGGAGUGCACAGAGUCAUGGGUAUCGGGGUCUACCAUAUGCUAUGCAACAGUCUUCCGUUGUGUGUUGUCAGGAUCACAACUAUGGCGCGCCCCCACCCCCUACCCCACCCGCUUCCCCGCUAUCCCAAACCAUCAUUCCCCGCAUGGAUAUCAACGGCGUGGUACGCAGUUCCUGCUAUCACGAAACACCCGAGGACAACUCAGCCGACAGUGACAGCUCCUCAGAUGAGGAUGGAGCCGAUGGCAACUGGUGUCACUGCAACCUGACCGCUGAUGGCCUGCUCAUCAAAUGUGACAACUGCAGGGGCCCUGACAGAAGAAACGGAGCAGAGAGCCAACACAGAAGAACAGAAAAUGUUUCAGCUGGGGAGAGCAGUGCCACCGAGAGUGGUGACGAAGAAGUGUCUCCUUCCACGAUCUCCUACACUGCCACUCAGCAUACACCCACCAGCAUCAAACUCACUGUUAACCGGGUUAAAAGGAGUAAAUCAAAAAAGAGGAAGAAAAGCACAGAGAAGCCCCGAGGAACAACCAAAGGCAAGAAAGUCAAGGCUUUCAGAGAGGGUUCUAGGAAGUCCAUGAGGAUGAAGAACUCGACAACAGAGGCCAAUGUACUGGAUGAGAACACAACGGAGGGAUGGGAAGACAGGAUCCGCCAGUGGACGGACCAGUAUGAAGAGGCCAUGACCAAUCAGUACAGUGCUGAUGUCCAAACACUGCUGCAGUUACAUCGUACUGCUAGUGACACCAAGACACCACCUUCAGCCACACCGAAUCAUGCCACAGCUGUCACCAUGGACACCAUCACGCGCACAGAACUGGCCUGUAACAACACAGUGCUGGGUUCACAGAUGCAGCUUCAGUUGGGCCGGGUAACACGGGUGCAGAAACACAGGAAGAUCCUCAGAGCAGCCAAGAACUUAGAACCAGAUACACUCAUAAUUGAAUACCGGGGCAAGGUGAUGCUCAAACAACAGUUUGAAGUCAAUGGGCACUUCUUCAAAAAACCCUACCCUUUUGUGCUGUUCUACUCGAAAUUUAAUGAUGUUGAGAUGUGUGUUGAUGCGCGGACCUUUGGAAAUGACGCUCGCUUCAUCAGGAGGUCUUGCACGCCAAAUGCAGAGGUCCGACAUAUGAUUGCAGAGGGCAUGAUCCAUCUGUGUAUUUAUGCCAUCAGUCAGAUCACUAAGGAUGCUGAGGUUACCAUUGGAUUUGACUACAAGUUUAAUAGCUGUAACUACAAAGUGGACUGUGCCUGCCAUAAAGGCAACCAGAACUGUCCGGUGCAGAAGCACAACAUGAGCCCCAAGGAGAGUUUGUUGAGUCCCUCAUCUCUAACACAACCUUCUCCUCUGGUUGGGGCUGAGACUCGGAGACGAAAGGCCCGUCGAAAAGAGUUGGAGGGCUACCUAGCCAGCGAAAGCAUCCAGACCCAGCACCCAGAGGCCAAAGAACUGCAGGGAACCAAUGACACAGAGGAGAGACUGCUGGAUGAGGUAAAGGUUGAAGAAGGAGAGGAAAGAGAGGUGGAUGAAAAUGGUAUCGCCGUCUCCAGUAAAAGAGCAUUUAACUGUCUGGAAAGGAGGAGGAGGAGACUGGGAGGAGUGGAGGUGAAGGAGGAGGGUGCGGAACCAGAGGAUUGGGCAGGAAACCCCAACAUACACCAUAAUACUGCAGUUGGGAUCAGCACACGCCGCACUACCUAUGUCAUGGAUCCAUCAUCUUUAGAGGCAGAAAAAACAUCAUCUCCCAACCUGGCUACCCCAGCAGUUCCUUCUAAACCACCACGACCCACUAAGGCUCGACCUAAGAGCCGGAUUUCUCGUAGGUCCAGUUCAUCGCAGCGGGCUCGCCGUCAGCGUCAAGCACUUGCCCAGCAAGCAGCUGCAGCUGCUGCAGCUACUGCAGCUGCCACAGCUGCCACAGUAUCAGUGACACCGGCAGCAGCUGAGCAUGGUGCCGUUCUGGAUGAAGAAAGAUCUCUGGGUCCAAGUGGUGCUGAACAGGGUCAAGGGGAAACCAGUGUGACUGGUCAUCUCUUAGAUGCCGAUGGCCAUGGCCUUACCUGCAUAAAUAAGAGCAGCAACAUGCGCCACCCAAAGACCAAGAAGUACUUGGUGACAGAGUGGUUGAAUGACAAAGCCCCUGGAGGGGACAAAGCUCACUUUGAGGUGGCUGCUGAGCGCCCACUUCGGAUAACCACUGACCCCACGGUGCUGGCCACUACCCUCAAUAUGUUGCCAGGCCUCUCCCACUCAUCACUCAUCUGCACCACACCCAGACACUACGUCCGCUUUGGCUCACCCUUCAACCCUGAAAGACGCCGACCCCGCCCUCUCCAAGUAGAUGGCACUUAUGGCUGCUACAAAAAGAGGUGGAUCAAGCAAGUAGAGGAUGAGAGCUGUUCAGCCAGUUUGGAGGACGGCACAGAGUCCACCACCUCUCUGCAAAGUACCAGCAGCCGAUCCACCCCCAACCCCCUGUCCACUGAACUCAAUGCACCUUUCAAGAAGCGCCGCUCCAAGUAUAUGGUUGAGGCAACACAAGCACCCUUGGACCACCUACUUCACCCUCUAUCACCCAUCACCCCACCACUCCCAGAAGACCCCCUCCGUCAGCUUCUCAGCACCUCCUGCAGCUCCCUGCUGCCCAACGGCCUGGCGUACUCACCCAUGCCCUCACUACCCACUAGCCGCUGCAACACGCCGCUGCAAUUUGAGAACAUAUCAUCUCCUGAGGCAUCUCCUGUCCACCGGCCAGAGUCCAUAUCUCCAGAGCCAUGUCUUCAGACAGAUUUUGAUAUCCAUCGGUCCCAUUUUCCAGACAUUUCUCUCCCUUCCAGCUUGGAGAGCCCCGUAGCUGCGACCUCGGAAGAGUUUUUGCAGUCUGGAGGGCCAUCAGGCCAUGAGACACAGUGUCCACUAGCCAACUCCCUCAGUGCAGUUAACUGUCCCACCUCUGACCUAACCUCCCAAAACAGGGAGCAGGCAUUUAGGACAGAGUUUAACCUCAUAUACACCUGUUCACCUCUCAAUGCAAACCUGGGGAACCCGGUAACCACCGACCGGCGCCUUUCCCAGUCGGAAGGAGGCUUCUCCCCAGCAGAGUCUUUCCACAGCUCUGUAAGUGGACAAGGACUGUUGGGGGAUGCAGGCCCUGGCUCCAUGUCACCUUAUGGUGAGCCUCAUUAUGGAGCAGGCUACCUCGACAGCAGCACACCUCCUCACACCAGCAACCCACCACAAAAGAAGAAGAGGGCCAACCAGCAUACCAUUAGUCUGCUGACAGGGAAGCCAGAUUACCAGGCUAUAGCUGUAAGAAGUGAAUACAAGCCAGUACAAAAUAUGGUGUCUCUGCUGGAGUAUCGUAAGAGGAAGCAAGGCUGCAGUCGGGACUCUGAACAUGGUGGCAGCACUUCGUCCCUAAGUAGCACACCCACACGGCUUGGGCCCCACUACAGCCAGGACUCUCAUCAUCCCCAUUCCCAGCAACAGCUUCAGCCCCCAGCCUCUCCACACAGCUCCUUCUCUUGUUCAGCACAUCUCUCCUCCACCCCUCAGAUAGAAGCAGUCAGUCCUCCAGACCACCAGACCUCAGCAGUGCAGUGCCAACACCAGGACAGCAGCAACCAGUGGAUGGUUCCUACCAGUGUGGAGCGUCUAAGGGAAGGCCAGGGUGUCCUGGAACGAGUCCUACGAAGCAUCAAGUUGGAUCGAAUUUAUAAGAGGAGUGACAGCUCUACAGAGAAAGAAUCUGAUGCUGAUCGAUAUGAGGUCCCAUCAGUGUCCAUGGCUUCACCGCUGAAGAGUCCACACAGAUACAGUCCCUCUGUGUAUGCUCACCAGUCCUCAGAGAGCCAUCGGCACACUGAGAGCCCGUCGUUCCUCCAGCAAACAUCCAACUCUCCAUUCCGGGGAUCCUACAGUCCCCCAUCAGGCCAGACUUUCUACCCACGCCUCUCCUCCACCCACCCUGGACUGUCUCAAGACCACCUUCCACCCUCCUACCCGAGUCACAACCCCACCUCCUCCUCUGAGUCCAGGCUUCCAGUGGGCUCUGUACACCAGCAGAGUGGCAACAGUAAUGUGGACGGAGGCCACGGCUACAACAGCAGUCACUUAAAAACUAGCCUCAUGAACUGCAGCAGCAGCUUGGCAGGCACUCCUAAUGCAGGACCCAGGACCCACGGCCACACUAAAUCAGACUCAGCAAGCCAGGCCUCUAGGGGCAGCCAGCAGCAGGCAUCCUGCAGCCUGAAGCUGGGCACCUCGGGCCAAUCGACGCCACAGGCCGGUUCCAGGCUGCUGUCGGCCUCCACACCCACACACUACUCUCAGCGAGGGCCGAGUCUCAGUCAGUUCCAGCACCCCCCUCUGCAGGGAUCGGGAGUAAGGACACAGUCAGGAAGCUUUUAGGACCUUGUUCAACUUUGUAUGUGUGAAUGCGCGUGUGUUCGAGUGCAUGAAACCGUGGACUUCCUCAGUGUGUAAACUUCUGGUGAAACACUGCUUUUGGGGAGCAGAAAUGUACAGACUUGAGAGAAGCAAGGACUUCUUCAAUGGACCUCAUUUUAUUUUUUUUGUUCGUUUGUUUUGUUUAGUUUUUUGUAUUUUUUUUUUUAAUUUCAGGCAAAACAAACAAAUGACAACAUUCUGCACAGAGCUGAUCAUUGACUUUGGACAUUCAUUAAGAAUCAGUUAAGACACUUUGUGACAAAUACGAAAUCAUGUGUAACUUGAAAUUUUCCCAUGUUUCCUCAUGUGCCGGACUGUGCAAACAGGCUCUAUAACGUUGGAAAGUAAAAAAUUUCCACACUGAAGUCUGUACAAAGUUAUUACAAAAUGUACCUGUUGUUUUGGUACCCAGGUUGGUUCAAUGCUGAUAUGCAUAUGUAACUGAAAGCAAGAAUUGUUUUAUUACCCCCACCCCCUCCUGAGUAUUUUUGUUGGCGAGCGGCCGAAUCUGUGCUACAGUGAAUGAGCGUUUUGUUUAGAAAGGGGAAAUGAUGCAAACCAAGCAGAUCUGUAAAUCAUCCGUUCAGCAGAAGGGUUUGAUGGGAGCCGCUGUGUCCCUGUAGGAUCAUUCCAUGUGACACCAGUUUGUCAGAAAACACAACAGCCCUUAUUCCAAAAAACAUUGUCUGAUGUUGUCUUGUCCAUGUCGUUUUUUGUCACUGUUCCCUCAUCCGCACGAGUGCUUUGAUUCCACUUUAGUACGACUCCUCUGUAGACGUCUGUUGUUGUACUUGAGACAUACAUGGUGCUGCUUUGUUCUUUUUCCAAUAAAUUUGAAAUCCAGUUAUGUUCCCCACGUACGGCUGCAUCCAUCUUGUCAUUUUGAGUCAUCUUUGUCCAUACUCAUUGUUACUGUUUGUAACGACAGAGAGCAAACUGAUCUCAAGCAAACUAAUCUCAAUGGAUUUGAUUUAUAUUUAUAUACGUAUAUAUUUUUUUCCUGACCAAUCUGUGCAUUCCGUAUAACCCACAGCAAAGACAGAGGGAUGUUUUUAAAAAUGCAUAUAAAAAGCUGCUAUGUUCUCCUUAUGUUUUAAUGUGAGAGCUGCUUCUGUUUCGACAGUGCUGUAAUUUUUUUUUGCCCUUCCCCUUUCUUUUAAAUUUGAUCCUCACAAACUGAUAUUUAAAAAAAAAAAAAAAAAAAAAGCAAUGGGUGCCGCAGCUUGUGCGGUGGGACCGCGUCACGACAUUAACAUGGACAGGUUGUUGAUGGUGGGAGUCACUCUGUCCUCCUGCUGAGAGUUUUGUAGCUCCUUUGGACCAGAUGUUCCCAGAAAGAAACCACUGUGUUUGUGUGGAAAAUCUCAAGGACCGAGGGGCUGGUCACCUGACCGGACCCCAUCAACACCCCUCCCCCACCACACCAUACAUCAAAGGGUACCCCCUGUUACAUGAAUGUUUGACAGAAAACCAUGUUGUGACCCAAAAUUAACCAGCACCUUAAAUGAAAGAGAUACAACAUAAAAGACACAAUAGGACAAUAUGUAUUAUUAUGUGUACUUGUAUAGAAAGAAAUGUGAUAUAGACUUGUAUGGAGAAAAUAUACUACACUGAAUUUAUCGCAUGACAUUUGUUUUUAGGGUCUGAGUGACCGUGUUUGUCAGAUGGCUGGAAGCUAAUCUUUGGGUGUGUUGCUGGGUUCUUCAAAAUCCAGACGCUGCAUUAUCUUUUGCUUUGUAAAGAUCGUUUUGUUGGUUUUGUUUUAUUUUUUACACAGAUCAUAGUAGGUAUUUCAAAUGUUCCCCUCCAAAAGAUUUAAGAAGAGAUGUAAUGCAUUUUGAUAAUAAAAUAAUCACAAUGGUAAUGUA